AUGGAUUCUAGAAUCCCUGCCGUACCUCUUCAAAUCACUUCUUUAGCUAUCAUAUCACCCUCCAACGCACCCCUUUACGUUCAUUCUUUCACUGGAUCAGAUGAUGAAUUGAGACAUUAUCAUUUAGCUCAUGCUGCCGUUGAUGUGAUAGAAGAACGAAUCGUCAUGACUUCUUCACCUACAAAACCAGCGGAAUCUUAUGUGGGUUUGUUAUUCUGUAUGGAAGAUAUGGCAUUCUACGGUUUUCAAACAUCUACGAAAUUACGUUUGGUGAUUUCAGUCGCAUUGGUAGAUGCUAUGAUCAAAGAUGCGGAUAUAGUAGCGAUCUUCCGAGCAGUCCUUCAUUUACUUCUCCAAACAUCUCAUAAUCCAUUUCUUUCCCUUCCUCCAAACUUUCACGCUCGUCAUGUCCCUCCACCGCCCAUCCCUGAUUCCCAGCCUUUGACAGAGUCUGACCCACCACAAACAAAAUCUUCCGAUCAAAAUCUGCCCCAGGGCUCUGACGAAGGAUCAAAGAAUGGUUUUCUUCCCAAUCCUUCUUUACCCACCAGUCGGAUGUUUUCCACGACACCAGAAGACUUGAAGGCGGAAUGGUUCAAUCAGAGUGAAAAGUUCAGAAGGGGUAUUGAGAAUAUAGGGGUUCUGUUAUCAGGAGGGAGAUGGUAUAUUCAAUAUAUCAUGUUCAAGACAUGA